AUGGCGCUUCUGAGUGCGAUUCUCUCGAGACUCCACGCCAUGGGAUUUCUGGUGGGUCUCUGUUGCAUGGUGGGAUUCAAGGUCUUUCAUUUCACUCCCGUCAAUAAUAAUCCACCCGUGGCUGUCAAGGACGAGGUGACCAUGAUGAACAUGACGCUUCUUGUGUCAUCAUCACCAUCACCAUCAUCAUCGGGUGUCUUUUGCAUCAACUCGUCGCGAGAUCCCUUUUGCUGUUCGCCAGAUCACUGUGAACGCGUGCAACGCUCCACCAUUUACUCGGAAUGCUGUCACAAUCUGCCGACAAAGCCCACGACACCUCCUCCCAUACAAACCGCACCCGGUCCAUUCAAAGGCAAACCCAUCCGAAAGGCAGAACCUCGGGUGAUUCCCAUUUUAGUGUCGGCGACUCCUCGCAGUGGCACUGUCUUUUUGCAGUCGCUCUUGCGCAAAUUGGGAGUCUCCGCCAACAAUGACGCACAACCGGUGCGAGCCGGAACCCAAGCCAUGAUUUCCUGGAUUCACAUUUUUCUACAAAACGAUGAUCGGUAUUACGGCAGUGCCUAUUUGAAUGGCAGUAAAUUCCGACAUGUCUGGCAUCAAGUACGGGAUCCACUCAAGUCUCUCACCAGUAUUGCCUUUACAGAACCCAUUCAAGGCGAUAAGGAUCCUACCUAUUUCAAGUACAUUGACAAACACAUUUCAUUGACACCCAAUGGACCUCUAAUGCGACAGCAAAUACAACAACAACAACACACCAAAAAUAACUUUAACAAGGAAACACUCCAAGAACGAUUCUUGAUUCAUCGAGGAUUGGAAUUCUAUUUGCAGUGGCAACGCAAUUUACUCUCUCUAUCCUUACCACGAUUCUCGCUGGAAGAUUUGACGGUCCACCACAACUAUACGGUCAUUCACGACAUGUUUCGCGUCCUCAAACGAAAGCCGCCCAGCGAUCAACGGAUUGAUGCCUUGGUGCACAAGAUGCGACGACGACGGCACUUGCGACAGACACUACAACAGCAAAGACGACGAUCAUUACAACAAAAACACACCAAUAGUCGCAAACAUCGAUCCACGUUACAGUGGGAAGAAUUGUGUCUGGUUUCCAAAAACAUGACACGACAAUUCUUACAACUUUCUCAGGUCUACGGAUAUUAUCGGGAACUAGAACCAGCGACAGUGUGUGAUUCCGAUGUAUGA